UCAUAAAAAAUACACAGAAGAAGACGAAGAGCUUGAAACGAAACAUUCUUUCGACUGUAUCAACUUCUGCAGCUCAACAUACGCAAAAUGACUUGUUUUAUGAAUUUCUUUACGUUUAUUUUCAAGGUAGUAACGUUGCCACUAAAAUUAAUGGAAGUGGUUGGCAUAUAUGGCAUCUACAAGCGUUUCUUUCCAUUUCUAAUUUACAAGAUAUCUUUCACCUACAACAAGAAAAUGAACGACAAAAAGAAGGAUCUUUUCAGCAAUCUCUCAGAGUUCACCAAAGGCAAUGGCCCGCUUCGCAUUUUGGAGAUCGGUUGCGGAAGCGGGGCUAACUUUGAAUUCUACCCGUCUGGUUGCAAGGUGGUUUGCACCGACCCCAAUCCUCACUUCGAGAAGUAUCUACAAAAAAGUCUGGCUGUCAAUGAUCACCUAACAUUUGAAAGAUUUGUGGUCGCUUCGGGAGAGGACAUGGGGGCAGUGAAAGAUGACUCUGUGGACGUUGUCGUCUCCACGCUGGUGCUGUGUUCUGUCAACAACAUACCGCGAACAUUGCAGGAGGCACAUCGCAUAUUGAGGCCUGGUGGUGCUCUGUACUUUUUAGAGCAUGUAGUGGCAGACCCAUCCUCUUGGACAUACUUCUUCCAGCACGUCCUCCAGCCGAUAUGGUACUACUUUGGGGAUGGAUGUGAAGUAGUCAGGGCGACAUGGAAACAUCUGGAGACUGCUGGGUUCUCUGAGCUCAAACUGAGGCACAUCGAGGCACCACUCAACUUCAUGAUCAAACCACAUAUUAUAGGCUAUGCUGUCAAGUAAAGUUUGACCCAAAAAAAUCAAAAAAGCACUUGCACAUCUCGUUGCAAGUGUGUGGGGAAUAAUGUGAUGACAGUUUAAAGAAAAAAUAAACCCGCACAGUGCUCUUGCUUGUAUCACUUGUUCCUAUUCAGGCUUUAAUAUAAUACGUCAUAAGCAAGAGUGCAGGUUUCUCUUUUCUUUACAGUAAAGUUUGAUAAGAAUCUCUGGUCUUAGGCCUAUCCCAGCAACUGUUUAAAAAUAAUUGUUGACACUUUUAUGUAUUCAGUGUAAUUUUAUAACCCAUAUUUUACCAGGUAAGUUGACUCAGAACACGUUAUUAUUUAACUUGGGGAAUAGCUAUUGGGGAUGAAUGAGCCAAUUGGAAGCUAGGUAUGAUUAGAUGGCCAUGACAGUCAGAUUGGGAAUUUAGCCAGGACACUGGGGUUAACAUCACUGCUCUUACAAUAAGUGCCAUGGGAGUCAGGACACCUGUUUAACGUCCCAUCCAAAAGACCGCACCCUACACAGGGCAAUGUCCGUAAUCACUGCCCUGGGAUAUUUUUAUUGACCAGAGGAUAGAGUGCCUCCUACUGGCCCUCCAACACAACUUCCAGCAGCAACUGGUCUCCCAUCCAGGGAAUGACCAGUCCAACCCUGCUUAGCUUCAGAGGAAAGCCAGCAGCAUACCACUAAGUGUUAUUUUGGUUUUGGGCACUUUUCUUAAAAAGAGUUAUUCAAAAAAAGUACUUAAAAUGGCAUAUACAGGGAGUGUGUAUUAAUCUGAAGAGAUCACCUCUGUGUAACCAAAUGGGGCAACAAGCUGUUUUUUCUUUAGGGAGAGUGGAGGCUCAGAAUGCUAGGAGAAGAGGGCCGCUGUCAUCUAGUGGAUAUAAACUCUAACCAAUAGGCCACCACCUGAUCAGAUAAACUCUGGGUCUGAGACAUGUUCCAUAGGGAUAAUCUCAAUUGGAUACUCAAGUCCUCCUCUCUACCUUCUCAAAAUCCAUUGGAUGAGAAAGCUAGAUGUCCCGCCACUCAAACCUUCUCCAACAGGUUUUGAGGAGAGGGAGAAAGGAUGUGAGGAGUAUGCAAUUCUCCCAUAGUUUAGUUUGGCAUUUCCUCAAUUCCUCCUGGCAUUACAGUGCUUUCAUAAAGUAUUCACGCCCCUUGACUUUUCCCACAUUUUGUUGUGUUAGUCUGAAUUUAAAAUGGAUUAACUUGAGAUUUUGUGCCACUGGCCUACACAUAAUACCCCAUAAUGUCAAAGUGGAAUUGUUUUUUGAAAUUGGUUCCCAUUAAUUAAAAAUGAAAAGCUGAAAUGUCUUGAGUCAAUAAGUAGAAUAUAAAAGCAGACACUGAAUAUCCCUUUGAGCGUGGUGGAGUUAUGAAUAACACAGUUUCAUUUAAUUAGUCAUUUCUCCCAAUUGGUAAUUAGUAUCUCAUCACUGCAUCUCGAUUCAGGAUAGGAAAAGGUCAAGAGCUGAAACGCAACCAAAUCAAGCCGCACUGCCCACUUAACCUGGAAACUAGCCACACCAUUGUGUCAGAGGAAAACACUGUACACCGUGUCAGCAUGCAUGCACCCAGCGUGCCACAGGAGUCACUAGAGCGUAGUGGGACAAGGACAUCCCUACCAGCCAAACUCUCCCCUAACCCGGACGACGCUGGGCCGAUUGCGCGCCACCCCAUGGUUCUCCCGGUCGCAGUCUGGACUCAUAGUGAUCUAAAGCGUAGUGCUUUAGACCACCACGCCACUCAGGAGGCCCAUCAAUUACACUUUUGAUGGUGUAUUAAUAAGCCCAGUCACUACAAAGAUACAGCGUUUUUCCUAACUCCGUUGCCAGAGAGGAAGGACACCACUCAGGGAUUUCACCAUGAGGCCAACAGUGACUUUAAAACAGUUAAGAGUUUUAUGGCUGUGAUGGAAGACUGAGGAUGGAUCAACAACAUUGUAGUUACUCCACAAUACUAACCUAAAUAACAGAUUGAAUACAGAAUAAAAAUAUUCCAAAACAUGCAUCCUGUUUGGAAUAAUGCACUAAAGUAAAACGCUUGUCUGCUUGCUCAGGACAAGUAGACAAGCUGACUAUAGAUAUUAGUUGUCCGAAUGGACAAUAUAAAACAAUUAGGCUAUCCUGAACAGAAUUGGAUUAAAGUGUCCUCCGGAUGUGUUGCUCACUGUCUUCCCAAUCUCUGGAGACUGCAUUGACAGGCACAAGUGGUCUUUCAAUCAUGCAGUCGCGAGAUGCGUUUGCAAAUUUGUUGAUAAUUAUUGUUUGUGGUGAUUUUCCCAGUUAUAGCAAAUUUGGUAACACUUUACUUGACACCCUGUGUCAUAACAUGUUAUAACAUCAUAACGUUGUCAUGUCAUAAUAGCUAGCAUAACUUGUCAUUACACUGUUAUGACCCAUAUAUUUACACCUGUUGUAAUAUAUAUUGAGUAAUUUUAUGGCUGGUUAUGACACCUAAAUAAGAGUGUCAACCCACAUUUAUAAAAAUUAAAAAAAUCCUUGCCAAGAAGUUUUCUUUCGUUUUUCUUAAAUCCUUUGUUGUAAUUAAUUAUUUACAGUCAUGUUUUUUUCAUCAUAUUUUAAAUAACUUUAUAACACUGUCAUGAAGCAUUAUGACCAUCCUGUGUCACUUUACUUGGACUAAGAAAAUACACUUUGACACUGUGAAGAAGCAUUAUGACCAUCAUAAUCAUAUAAGCCAGAUGGGCCUGUCACAUACAUGCCAUUAUAUCAGUCAAAAAGAGGGUGUCCUGUCCUGCUCCUGAAAUCUGCUCCUGCAUUCAACCCAGUCAUUCGCAACAGAGCAUUGGGGUAGGUGCAUGUCUGACAUCAAUGUGUGUGCAAUUACAAUGGUGAUAAUUGAAUAUGGUCAGUUUAAAAAAUACCUAUACAACAUAAACAUACAGUUGACACGUAGGCUAUGGGCAAUGGAAUGUUGUGCCUUGUGUGGUGGGUUUUGACACUUAUGUACGUGUCAUAACCAGCCAUAAAAUAACUUCCAUGGUAGGAUUUGUGGGUUUUUACAUUGUUAUGUAGGGGUCAUAACCAGUGACAAAAUAACGCAAAAUAUGUCACAACAGGUGUAAAUAUGUGUCAUGAGUGUUAUGACCUGUUAUGUCAGCUGUCAUCAAAUCAAAUUUGAUGUCACAUACAACAGGUAGACCUUACAGUGAAAUGCUUACUUACAAGCCCUUAACCGACAAUGCAGUUUGAACAAAAUACCUAAAAAAUAUAUAAUAAAAAGUAAGAGAUAAGAAUAACAAAUCAUUGAAGAGUAGCAGUAAAUAACAAUUGUGGGGCUAUAUAAAGGGGGUACCGGUACAGUGUCAAUGUGUAGGGGAACCGGUGUCGAGGUAAUUGAGUUAAUAUGUAGGUAGAAGUAUUAAAGUGACUAUGCAUAGAUAAUAACCAAAAGUAGCAGCAGCGUUCUGGGGCAGGGGGGGGCAAUACAAAUAGUCUGGGUAGCCAUUUGAUUAGCUGUUCAGGAGUCUUAUGGCUUGGGGGUAGAAGCUAUUUAGGAGCCUCUUGGACCUAGACUUGGCGGUCCGGUACCGCUUGCCAUGUGGUUGUAGUCUUUGCCAAUUUUUAGGGCCUUCCUCUGACACCGCUUGGUAAAGAGGUCCUGGAUGGCAGGAAGCUUGGCCCCGAUGAUGUACUGGGCCUGACGCACUACCCUCUGUAGUGCCUUGCGGUAGGAGGCCGAGCAGUUGCCAUACCAGCCGGUGAUGCAACCGGUCAGGAUACUCUCGAUUUUGCAGCUGUAAAACCUUUUGAGGAUCUGAGGACCCAUGCACAACAUCUCUGCUUCUCACUAUCACGCAUUAGUUUCGCUUCCCCACCCGCCAUUUUUAAAAAGACCCCCAGAUCCUCAAAAGGUUUUACAGCUGCAAAAUCGAGAGUAUCCUGACCGGUUGCAUCACCGGCUGGCAUUGCCUUCUUGAAUUAUGCAGAAACGGGUUUAGGUCAUGUCAUUUAUUUUGUUGGAAAGGGGAGAAAGUGUGCUUUACAAUGGUAUUGACAUUACAGUUGAUCUAGAAGUAUUAUGUUUUGGGGGCGCUAAAAUAAGGUCAAUUGUACAGACCAAGGCGAUGUACAAAAGUGAGUGAGUUUACGUUAGCUAGCUAGGCAGCUGACAGGCAAAAUGUGGCUAGCAGUAGUUUCUCUGCUAGCAUGAAAACAAGUGCAGAAAAUGCUGUACAAUAACAAAAUAUGACUAAAACAUUGACAACUUUGUUGGGAAACAUUAGGAAACAAAUACUGUACUCAUAGUUCUUGCUUCCCAAACAGUGAAGGAUAAAACAGUUAGAAUAAUAAUGUUAGCUGAACUUGGUAGUUAAUUAACACUGCAAGCCUGCGCUAGCUAUGACAUCAUCAGUCACUCUUAAAGGGACAGGCUUUCUUAAAGGUGAAUAAAACAAAAAUUAAUAUAGAACGGUUGUCUCCAAUUAACAAAAAUGUAAUUAAAUGUUGUUGUAUUGUACUGGAACUUAUGACAACAAACUAUACUUUUGGGGUUCAAUUAAGAAAAAAGUUCUGAUACAAUUACAAGCAAUUACCCAUAACAUGAUCCAGCCACCACUCAAUAAUGUGUUGUAUUGGAUUUGCCCCAAACAUAACACUUUGAAUUCAGGAAAAGUUAACUGCUUUGACACAUUUUUUGCAGUUUUACUUUACUGCCUUGUUGCAAACAGGAUGCAUGUUUUGGAAUAUUUGUUAUUCUGUUCAGGCUUCCUUUUUACUCUGUCAAUUAGGUUAGUAUUGUGGAGUAACUGCAAUGUUGAUCCAUCCUCAGUUUUCUCCUAUCACAGCUAUUAAACUCUGUAACGGGUUUAAAAUCACCAUUGGCCUCAUGGUGAAAACUGUGAGCGGUUUCCUUUCUCUCCAACAGCUGAGUUUAGGAUGGACGCCUGUAUCUUUGUGUUACUGGGUGUAUUGGUACACCAUCCAAAGUGUAAUUAAUAAUUCACCAUGCUCGAAGGCAUAUUCAAUGUCUGCUUUUUUAAAUUUAUUUGUAUCCAUCUACCAAUAGGUAGGCCGUCAUUGUCAAUAAGAAUUUGUUCUUAACUGACUUGCAUUGUUAAAUGAAAUAAAAUAAAUGGGUGCCCUUAGCGAGGCAUUGGAAAACCUCCCUGGUCUUUGUGAUUGAAUCUGUGUUUGAAAUUCACUGCUUACAGAUAAAUGUAUGUGUGGGGUACAGAGAUGAGGUAGUCAUGUUAAACUUUAUUAUUGCAUACAAAGUGAGUCCAUGCAACUUGUGACUUUUUAAGCACAUUUUUACUUUUGAAAUGAUUUAGGCUUGGCAUAACAAAAGGUGUUGAAUAUUUAUUGACUCAAGGCAUUUCAGAUUUGAAUUUGUUAUUGAUUUGAACGAAAAAAAAAGAAAAAAAAAACAUUAAUGCACUUUGACGUUAUGGGGUAUUGUGUGUAGGCCAGUGACACAAAAUCUCAAUUUCAUCCAUUUUAAAUUCAGGCUGUAACGCAACAAAAUGUGGAAAAAGUCAAGGUGUGUGAAUACUUUAUGAAGACACUGUAUAUCACUGGUUAGAAGAGAUUUUGCUAAAGACAGUCAUCUACAUACAUUGUAGAAUGUUGGAUGGAAGUUUUGUGAGGCUGCCGAAACGGGGAAGGAAACAAAUCAGGUGCUUUUUAAUUUAAUCACAACACGCCAUAGGAUAUCAACAGUGACAAGAGCUGGCUGUUAUUGGAGUGAUACUUUCUCUCAAAUCCAUGUAUUGGUGUGUGACCGCAACUUUUUACAGAGAGCACCCUGAAUUUUCAUUGCCAUUUGAGUUUUAAAAUUAUUGUAGAAUUCUAAGUCCUAAGACUGACAGGGUGUAUGUCAAAAUCAACAGUAUAAAGCCAAUUAUAUUGAUUUGUUUUAAUCAAUUUUGUGUCAUUGUGAUUACUAUAAAUGUUUAUACUAACAUCACUAAUAUGAGGUAAACAGGAUGUUUACCACAUUGUUUGAUGUGGUCAAAACGUGAGGUUCUGUAAUGUAGUAAUACAUACUGUCCACGUUCGGGAAAUUAAUGCAAAUCUAAAAUAAUCUAAUAUGUAGCUUUAUUGGACAAUUUCACAGAUUUAUAUGGCACAGAAACUGUACAUUUUAUGUUAAACUGCAAUCAAGAUUAAAGAACAGUAAACUGAGGAACAGUCUUUCUCCCGUGUCUCUCCAGAGCAUAAUCUCCAUCUUUUUGUCUACUCACACAAGUGAUAAUUCUCUGAGGUUCUCGACCUCUUCAACACACCACCAGAACCAGUCCUAGGAAUCAUAUUGGAUUCCAAUACAAGAAUCCAAUAGAAAACCCUAUCAGAUUUUGGAACCAGUCCUAUAGGAUAAGUGCUAUAGGAUGGAUUCUAUCCUAUAGGAUAGGUUCCAAAAUCUGAUAGAAAAUUCUAUUGGAUUGUAAUAUUUCUUUUUUAUUGGAAUACUAUAGGAUUUUUUUUUACUAGGGGUCCAACUUGACAAGUGGCUAAAAAAGUUAAUGUCAAGCCCUGUAGAAAAAAAACGGUUUAGUCUGCUUUCCAACAGACACUGGGAGAUCUUCCCCUUUCAACAGGACAAUAACCUAAAACACAAGGCCAUAUACACACUGGAAUUGCUUAAUAAGACGACAUUGAAUGUUCCUGGGUGGCCUAGUUACAGUUUUGACUUAAAUCGGCUUGAAAAUCUAGGGCAAGACUUGAAAAUGGCUGUCUAGCAAUGAUCAACAAUCAACUUGACAGAGCUUGAAGAAUUUUGAAAAUAAUAAUGUGCAGAUAUUGUACAAUCCAGGUGUGUAAAGCUAUUAGAGACUUACCCAGAAAGAUUCACAGGAGUAAUCGCUGCCAAAGGUAAUUCUAACAUGUUAGAAUCUAUAAAUGAGAUAUUUCAGAAUUUCAAUAAAUUAGCAGCAAUUUCUGAAGAAUAAAUGUAACUUUGUCAUUAUGGGGUAUUGUGUGUAGAUGUCUGAAAGAAAUAUUUAACACUUUUGAAAUUCUGGCUGUAACACAACAACAUGUGGAAUAAAGAUUCAGCUCAGACACA